AUGGCACCUUAUGUAUUCAAAAUGGCACAAAAAGUAGCUUGGACAUACUUGCACUGACGUCUCUUCAUCCCUCCUGAUUCCAAGCUUACCUGUUCAACUCCAUAUGAGCAGUUGGUUUGCUUCUGUAGCUUGCAAUUGAAAUCUGUUGUUUCAAGCUAUGGAAAUGUCACUGAAUUUGAGCACAAGGAGUUCAAGAGGCAGAUGCUUGAAAGCUCAAUAUUUGAACUGAAAAACACUGUAACAGAACUGGAAAAAAGUCUUAACAGUAUUGAAAAUGAAAAUAAUGAAUGGAAAAUCAGAUAUGAAACUCAAGUAGAAUUGAAAAAACAGCUGGAAAGGCAAAUUAAUAUUCUUUGAGAUAAGGUGGAGCUUAUUCGUGGAAGUACAGCAGAUAAACUGUCCAUUGUUUGCUCCUUUGAUAAAAUGCCUGUGGGUUCCUUGAAGAGGGUUCUUAAACAGCUGGAAGAAGAGAAGAAAAGUCUCCAGAAUCAGCUAAAAGACUAUGAACUUAGACUGGAACAAGAAGCAAAGGCUUACCACAAAGUUAAUGAUGAGCGGCGCAUGUACCUCUCAGAGAUCUUAAAGGUCUCAGCUAAACUUAAAAUUAUUGAAAGGCAACAAAAAGAUGCUGUGACUGGCAAAGGAGAAAAACAGAUACUGAUAGGAAGACACAGUGUUCCAGGAAACCCGAAGAUGGUUUAUCCUCAAAAAUGAUCAAUUAAAAUUACUGUAGGAGUGAACCAGCUUCCACAACUAAAGCAUUGA